AGAUGGCUGUCAAACAAAAUUUCGUUGUAACUUGUGUGCAAUGACCAUUAAAGUUCUUGUUGUUCUUCUUUUCCUACUAGCAGACAGCAGCGAGAGGCUUAACCGAUUUUGCAAUCACAACUUUUUCCUCCUUCCUCCCUCGCCACAACUUUGGGAAACUAAAAAAAAAAAAAAGAAAAAAAAAGAAAACAACUCUUCUUCUCGCGAUAGUAACUGGCUGGAGCGGCCGCCAUAUUGUGUGACAGUAUUUUGAUUCGUAUCUGCUGGAAGUGAGGAAAAAGAGAAAAGUGAAGGGCUGUCGAGGGGAGGGGGGGCUGAAGAAGAGGAGCUGUCAAAAAGGUAUUCCCGAGUCUCUGUCAAACGGCGGAGGGCCGAGGCUCGGUAUCCCCCCCCCCAACGCUAUUUCGAGGACACAGAAGGCCCGGGGCCUCGGUGCAGUUGGCUCUUCGUUUCCCUGCCAGUAACUGGACCCUCCUCGGCUUCUCAUCCCCCAGCUCCGCGGCCCUCCGGAGGUCCGGUGGCGGUCUCGGGUGUUGAAGGCGGCCCGGGGAGCGGCGGCGGCGGCGGCGAGACUGUAGCAUAACGCCACUAGUGGGGAAGUGAAAGGCUUGAAUGAGCUGACCUAAGACACAAGCGCUGCUAAUGUCCUGCUGUCUGUUUGCUUCAAAGAGCAUGAUGACAUACAAAGAUGUUCAAAAUGAAAGCUGUUUGCUGCCACAACUGACGCCCCGGUGCACUGAACGGAACAAGCACUCCUGACCUGGCAACAGACGAAUGGCCCAGGGAAGCCACCAGAUUAACAUUCAGGUUUUGCAUGACCUGCGUCAAAAGUUCCCUGAAGUCCCAGAGUGUGUUGUUUCCCAGUGUGUUCUACAGAACAACAACAAUUUAGACGCUUGCUGUGAAUACUUGUCCCAGGUCAGUCCGAGCUACCUGUACAGUGAAGAAGGGAGCCUUGGCUUUUCUGACGACCCCGGCUUCAACAGGUUGCGUAAUCACAUGACCCAGCUGAACCUAGGUUUGCAGUCUCAAAAUGUGCAUGUGGCCCCAGUUCGGGACGGCCUGAGAAUGAACGGCAGCCGGACUCUGGCCCACAGCCUGAGUGACGGGCCCCUCCAGACAGGCACGGCCCCCAACAGUGACUUCUUUCAGCAGGAGCCCCAAUCAGCCCCAGUACAGGUGCCCUCUACUCUUAAUGUGUUUGGUGUGAUGGAACCCACACGAAAACCACAGCCACCACAGCACCUUGGACUCUACCCUCUAGGUGGCAAAGGAGCAACUAUGGGUGCUCAGCAGACUCAGCGCUUCAACCCCAUUACCGUGACACUAGCUCCUCACAUCCAGACAGGACGCAACACCCCUACUUCUUUGCACAUACACGGCGGGACACAGUCGGGCCUCGGCAGUCCACAGGGUAACUCCAUCUACAUCCGACCUUAUGUUAGCCAGCCUGGUACGACCCGGCAAAACCAGCAGCAGGGAGGCAGGGCCCAGUACAGCCCCACUUCCCAGCCCCAGCAGCAAAUCUACCAGAUCUCACACCCCUCCUCUUUGUGCUCCUGGUCCGGCCCGCAGCACUCCUCCUCCUCACAUACCUCACAGCACCAGACCCAGGGCCACCAGACCUCUCAUGUCUACAUGCCAAUCAGUUCUCCCACAAAUCCCCAGCCGCCAUCCAUUCUUCCCAGUGGAAGCCAGGCCUCUUCCUCUGGCGCUCCUUCGUGCUCUUCGUCCUCCUCCUCCUCCUCCUCCUCUGUCAUGCCCGGCUCCCUGUCUACCAUCAGCCAGUACAACAUCCAGAACAUCUCUGGUCCACGGAAAAAUCAAAUAGAGAUCAAACUUGAAUCUCCUCAAAGGAGCAAUUCCACAACAGCAGUGCUGCGGGCAAGCGGUGGACACCGUUCAUCCUCCACCUCCUCUUCUUGUCCCUCAUCUUCCUCCUCUUCAGCUGGGGUGGCUACUGUUCCCAGCACCCCUCUGUCCAUUGGAGGCCCUGGUCUGAGUCGCAGCCAACCCACUGUUUACAUCUCUGCCAGCCCGCCUACUGCUGCUACCACUCCUUCUGAGGAGGCCAUCGUGGCCUCAGCCGGCUCCCGCUCUCAACCCAAGUUUUAUAUUUCUGCCAAUGCGUCCAGUGACGACGGUGGGGGAAGGAACCCUCCCACAGUCUACAUCUCAGCAAAUCCUCCCUUGCCAGGGACCUCAGGGGCCAGGAGCCAAGUGAGCAUGGGCCCAGCAUACAUUCACCACCAUCCACCUAAAUCCCGUGCCUCUGUCGGCGGGGGAGGCACAGCUUCUUCCCCUCGUGUGGUGGUGACUCAGCCUAACACCAAAUACACUUUUAAAAUCACUGUGUCUCCCAAUAAGCCCCCAGCUGUGUCCCCUGGAGUCGUGUCCCCGACUUUUGAGCCCAACAACCUCCUCAGCCUACCCUCAGACCACCACUUUGUGGAGCCAGACCCCCUGCAUCUCUCAGACCCGCUGUCGCCACACAGGGAAAGGCCGAGUGAGCCUCGGAGGCUCAGCAUGGGCUCUGAUGAUGCAGCGUACACACAAGCAUUGUUGGUGCAUCAGAAGGCUCGGAUGGAGAGACUGUGGCACGAGUUGGAAAUGAAGAAGAAGAAGCUGGAGAAACUAAAAGAGGAGGUCAACGAGAUGGAGAAUGACCUGACCAGGAGACGACUGGAGAGAUCCAACUCAGCCUCUCAAAUUCCUUCUAUCGAGGAAAUGAAGCAGUUGCGCUGCAAAAACAGGUCACUGCAGAUCGACAUUGACUGCCUCAGCAAAGAAAUCGAUCUUCAAGCAAGAGGACCACACUUUAAUCCCAGUGUAAUCCAUAAUUUUUAUGACAACAUUGGAUUCCUUGGUCCUGUCCCACCCAAACCCAAAGGUACUUUAUCUGUUGACUCGGGCAGUAAGGUUGCGAAGCCCAUCGACGACCCGGGCGAGGACGAGGAGAAGCAGUGGAGCUGUACGGCCUGCACCUUCCUCAACCACCCUGCCCUCAACCGCUGUGAACAGUGCGAUUUCCCGCGGAACUUCUGAGCCAACGAGGCUGUGAUGCGCCGCCCUUUCCUCUGCCCUCCUGUCUUCUACCAGACUAGAACACACAAGGGCCCUUUCUGCUUCUUUUUUUUUUUUUUUUUUUUUUUCAUCACAGAUGUAUGAGAACUCGGACCGUCAUUGUGCAUCACGCGGCCUGUUUUUUUUUUUUUUUUUUUUUUUUUCCUCCGUUUUUCUUCUUUCUCCAAGGUUUGUAGAAUGCUGUCCACCGAAGGCUUGACUGGAUAGUGUUUACAGCUUGUGCUUCUUCCUAAAGGCCAGCAGCGUCAGACGAUACCUCACCUUAGAGACUCGGAUUGCGUGGGGUCACCUCUCCCCCUGUUCUGCUCGACGGGUGACACUUUACCCCCGGGGAUACCUUGCUGCUCCCACUUACAGUAUUACGAGCGUGGCCCUGCAGUGUGACGUACACACACUUACACGUGCACACAACCACACGGGUGCCAACGUGCCUUUGCUGAGUUCAUGGUUUAGUUUUUUCUUUUUCUGUGGUGGCAUGACCGAGGAUUGGGAACUGUGUUCAGCCGCCGCACACCAUCUGAAGGGAAAACCAACAGACUACUCGUGGAAAAGUUUGUUUGCUGUUUCUAAAGGAUGCCAAAGGGGGAAUAGCCAGUGUCGCUGCCACUCAAACGUGCCUCUUGUCCCCCCCCCCCCCCCCCGCAGCAUCCCCGUUCUGUGUCUUCAAUCAUGAGUUAAUGGAAAAAAGAAAAAAAAAAAGAAACGUCAUUGCAUGCUUUGUGUACAGUACACGGAGGCAGAAACUCCCCUGGAGCUUUUUACUGUACAUAAUUUUAGAAUGUGCCUUAAAAAUCUUCUUCCUCACACUAUGAAUUACUUUUAUUUCCUGUAAGUAUAGCUUUAUAGACUUUAUUAACUUUUUUUUUUUUUUUGUCUUGUUUUGUUUCCCUUUUUCCAAACAAAUAAGCACCGUGCUCCCUUUUUAAGCUUUUUACUCGAUUUCUGUGAGAGUUGAAGCCUUGCAGAAGGAGAGGAGCAGAGCAAUUAAAAGCCCUUGCAGUCAUCAUGAAGCUACAUCUGCCUAGUCUGUUCAUCGCUUGUGUUAUUGCUGUAUUCCCUGUGUACGAUCUGCAGAUGCAGCAAAGUGGAAGGCGAUGGAGGAGUCUUUUUUUUGUGUGUUUCCUUUGUUUUCCAGGACGCCAAAUAUGUUCGAGACUGUUGGGGGUGGGGUGGGGUGGUAAAAAUGCAAAAUUACAAACUGCCAUCUAUUCUGACAACUGGAAUACAGGUUUGAUGUUUGGGGACAACUACACCUCAGUGCAAAGAGACACUCAUUUUCCAGUACAAUCAGCGUCGAUGUCGAAGCUCCUGGAGCAGCUGGUUGGGUUCCAGGUUUCCAUGUUGCCACGCGCCUGAAUUAUGUCUCUGUUCCUAUAAUGUAGAAGUACCGGAAAGGUCACAAUUGUCACAUCUUGGAAGCAGACAAGGCGAAAAACCUCAAAACGUAAGCACAACACGACUGUCCACUUUGUAUACUCUUAUUUUUAUUUGGCUCGGUUCAUCCUCCUAAGCUUUUAUUGAUGAGGGUGUUUCUAAAGUUUACUUUUUGUCAUUAAGUUACCUUAACUGUGGAGUAGUUACUUUGUUUUUUUCCCACAUUUGUGAAAUGUUGCCUUGCAUUAGUGCCUUUGAAUUUGUAUCGAUAAUGUAUCCUGUCACAUCCAAGUGCCCUUUUAAAACCAAAUUCUUAGUAUUGUUUAAACCCUUUUAAAAGUAGAAGAUGAAUUAAUGUCUCUUAAGCACUUAUGUCAUACUUUUCUCCUUUUCCAGCCCAAAGAAAACCUUUUUUUUUUUUUUUUAAAGCUUUUUCUGCACCUCAGUGUGAAGAGGCAGUUUAUUCAUGUUAUAUUAAAAUGGGAAAAAAAUAAUUUGGAUAUCUAAAGUUUUUGGAUCUUAGCUGGGAAACUGUCUUUGUAACAGAUAAGUUAUUUGUAAAAAUAAUAAAAAAAAAAAUCUAUUCUGAA